CUAUGCUCGGCGCUGUGGGGGAUGAACAGAUGAGGGGGAUGUACCACCCUCCCUUGAAGAGAUUGUAAUCUAGACAGGGGUUACAAAUGUCCACUCCCUGGAUCCUUAGUCCCUCAUAGGGACCUUUGCCCCACCACACCCCAACCCUGACAAGCUGUCUGCUCUGAGCUACCAAGCCCCGCCAGGAGCUCCAGGUCUAACUGGGUCCCAUAUCAUUGGAGUAGCUGCUUCAGACAAGGAAAGCACCAAGCUUCAGUGGUCAAGGGACCCAUGGAGGACAGAGCUGGUCAGCAAGAGCAGGAGAGACCUAGCCUUCGUCUGGAAAAGUUACAACACUGGGCAAGGCACAGACAGAGUGGGCACCUCUUGGUGCUGGCGGUGAGGCCAGAUGCCCCAUCCUGAGCUUUCAGCAUGUCCAUUUGUACCCCAAUUCAAUUCCAUCCAUGUUUUGUGAGCCAGCUAUGGUUGACAGUGGCUGUGGUGCCUUUUGCUGUCUCAGUUGCCUGCCUGAACUCUGACUGCCACAUGGCCACAGCACUACCGCUUGGACCUGGAGCAUUGGGUCUCCUCGCUGGGAUUGUUACUCUUGAGCUGCGCAGAGCACCCCGCCUCUGGAAGGUACGGGCCAUGAUGAUAUUCAACACCUUCAAUCUGAUCUUUGGCUUCAUCGUGGUGGUGGUCGAGGUGAUGAAGACAGCCUUGGGGCCUGCCCCAACUGCUCCCUCCCAGUUGAACAGCUUGCUGGUGCUAGAGAUCAGCACUGAGGCCUUCACCCUAGGAGGAGCUUUGAUCUCAGCAUACUCCCUAUUCCUGCUGAGCCAGAGGAAGCCAGGAUGCUGCAGGAGCCAGAGUCUUCACUACCAGGAGCUGCAGGAGGGUCUCUCUGAGUUGGAGGAAGUUCCUGAUUCGGAGAAUCGUCCCACAAUGGCUAGCACAGCAAACGGAACAAAUGAGUGAGCUGGCAAGGGAAGCAGGCAGAUGCUGCUCUCCUACCCUCUGGUAGCGUUCUCCAGACCCUCCUGCACCCCACUCCGCCAAAUUCGGAAGCUAAACGGAGUCCCUUGAGAUCUACAUGAAGUCCGGUGGAAUGCCUUCAGUUUUCACUCAAACUAGGCCCCUUUCUCUUCUAAGGGAAGCUAUACCUAGACCAGAGCCUUCCCUCUUCUCCCUGCCCUGAAAAACUGCCCGCCUGGAGGGCAUCCUUAAACCAACUUUCAUCUAUACCCUCUUCUUCCCUUCCAUCCUUCCCCAUGGCCUCCCCAUACAGCUUAACAUCUGCUUCAUCUCACUACUUUUCUUCUUUUCACCUUUCACAAUCCCAUCCACUCCAAUCCAGGGUUCCCCUGCCUGCCCACUCUCUGAAAUCAAUUCAUGGGUGCUUUAUUUCUCCUCCCUCGGAUCCGGUUCCUGUCUACUUUAGCGGAGACUACAAGUCCCAGGAUGCCCCGCUACCCCGUGGCCUGCUGGGAAAUAAAGAGCCUUUUCUCCGCGGCGGGGGCGCUGUGCAUCUGCUAAGUGACGCGAGGUGCUGGAAGUCCGGGCCUAGCCGAGUUUCCUCGGACGCGACCACUG